GUCGUGGCUGCUGCUUGAGCUGAAAACCCACUCUAUUUCUAAAUUUUGGUAUUCAUCACGUGAAAACUUUGGGAUUCUUUGAGAUUUUAGAGACAUUCCCAUUCAAUGAUGGCUACUUCUCAACCUCAAAACAAUCUCAAAGGAACACCUACUGCUGGUAUUGUAGCUGAUCCCAAAGACUUGUCUAUUUCAUGCCUCUCACAGGACUCCUCCUAUCAUCUUAGAGAUGAUAAGUCAGCCACAAGCCCACCCUCUCUGAGAUAUCUCUCAUCUAUGGCUUGUCCAAGAUCCACAUCCAGGCCUUAUCCCUGGCUGUCAGAGGUAUUACAUACACCCUUCAAUAUGACAGGUCAUGCAAGAUGUGCCAGCAGUCCACCAUCUUUAAGAGUCCUGUCAUCAAUGGCUUAUUCCGGAUCAAGACAAACUGUUGAUGAAGCAACCAGUGCGAAGGGAACUUGGAGGCACUACUCCAGCUCUGAGUCAUCCGAUGCUACCAGUACACACAAGAAAGAUGGUUGUCUGUCAAGCCCAUGCCAUGCCUUUAGUGAUGAUGGAAAGGGAUGUGAGAAGAAAACUUCUGAUGUUGUCAAAGGAGUCCAUGCUAAGUUGAGACGAAAAUUGAAGGAAGGUAGGUAGCAUUUCCUUGAAUAUUGAAACCUGUAGGGUCUAGAUAAAUGGUGUGGUCUCCAUCUUUGGGUUCUGACUGUUUUCUUUCCAGAUGAUUCUAGGGCAUGACACACUAAUGAAAUAACCAUUAUUUUUUUAUCCUGAUAUUUUCUUUUCAUUAAUAUAAACCGGUUGUUCUGUGCAGGAAUGACCAAAGUCCAUUUAUUGAUUCAAACCAGUGUACAUGUAGCUUUUGUAAUCAGACUUACAUUUUACUGUUAUAGGUCUUAAUGGUUGCUACAUUUCUAAAAUUUUUACCCUUAAUUCUUGGGGAUGUAAGCUUCUGAUACCGUUUACUCACAUCGUACACCAAAGGUAUUUUACAAUUUAAUGUUUCAUUUGAUUCUUUGAAGCAGUCCAAUGCUGAGGCAAUGGAACCAAAUGCAGAAGCUAUGAGAAAUUCCACUGGGUACAUGUACUAAGAACCAAUUACUUCAAUGGAAUUUCCAGUGAUCAAAAGCUCAUGAUUAUCUCCCAGCUCCUGCCUAGCUGAACAUUCAUGACUUUUCUGGCAAGAGUUUAUAGUUCAUUCCUUUCUUUACGGGUUGUAGAAACAUUUAUUUCGCUCGGAAACUCCUUUACUCGCAAAACAGACAUUCUCCGAAACUUGUCAUCAUGUCAGUCCAUAUUUGCUCACGUAAGAAGAGGUAAUAAAACAAAUUUCUGCAAGUUUGGAACUGACAGUUUCAAUGCGUUUUGCCUGGCUGAAGCAGUGCUGGGCUGAAGCAUCAGAGAUAUUGCACUGCACCGUAAAACUGGAAGUAAAUGCAUGUCCCAAAAGUAAUUGAUCAGAUCAGUUGAUAUCGGCUAUGGGAUUGAGAGAAUUGCACCAUGUCUGGAUUUAUCCUGUAUUUAAGGAUGGGGAAGGCCCACUUAUUUAGGUCUGACAAAGGUGUGCUAUCCCUGCUAAACAAUCACUAUUUUAUUUGGUCUAUAUCCAUUAUACCUUUUAUGUUCACUUUGGUGAUGGAAUAGACAAAUAUAUGGUGUACAUUGUAUUCCUCUCCUUGUUUGCUAUUGAAAAAAUCACUACUGGACAAUUCCAUAAAUGAUGUAUGUCCGACCCCCUAUAUAUGGGACCUUCAUUAAAUUUUCUGUCUCUGAUUUCUUGUGUUUUUUGAAAGUCUGUAAUGUUCUUGAAAUAUCAUGACUUGGUCAGUUUACGAAGUGAAGUAAGACUUGAGAAAAAUGGGGGUCGAAAGGUUGGUCAUUUUAUGGAAUUGCCCUGCUGUAUUCAUGCAUACCUAUGAUACAUUUAUAUCCAUCCUGUGUCAAGUAAAGUCUAUGUAUUCACCCACCUGACAAAUAAUUAUUUACCUUUAGAUAUUAACCAUUCAGGAAUUCUGCAAAUAAUGAAGCAAUUGAGGAUCAUCUUUAUUCUGUGAUAGCUCCCUCUUUAGUUAAGAUGGUGACCAUUGAAUUUAGCAUACCUGACAGCUAUGUACAUGUAUGAUGAUAUACAAGAAUAUUCUAAAGCAAGUCAUUGUAGCCCUGAGAGCUCAGACAUGGUUGUUUCCUCCUACAUGCUUCUUUCUUAAAGAUGGAAAUAUGUGUACAUGCAGUGAUUCCCUGAACAGAUUUUGUUGUGUUUCAUUGUAUUUCAUUUUAAGAUAUUGAAAGAUAAGUGCCACUCGUGAGUUAAAAAAACAAGUUUGUGCAGAAUUCAAUGUAGCGUUAACGUUAUUUUAAAGACCCUGACCGGUGUAAAAACAAUCAUAUAUCAAAAUAAAGGUAAUGAUUCAUACAAUACAA